CAGGAUUUAUUGGAGUCUUGUGGUGGAGACAUGAGUGCACCAAUGACUUGGCCUGCUUUAAAAUUUGUCUCAUUCAUGUUUAAUUCACUGUCCAGUUUAGAUGAUUCCUUGGUAAGUCCAUUUUUUUUAUCAAUUUGUACAGAGACAUCAUAUUUUAGUAGUUAGACUCAUCAGCCUUUAUUAUGUGAGGUAGUUAGACUCAUCAGCCUUUAUUAUGUGAGGUAGUUAGGCUUAUCAGCCGUUAUUAUGUGAGGUAAUUAGACUCAUCAGCCCUUAUUAUGUGAGGUAGUUAGGCUCAUCAGCCCUUAUUAUGUGAGGUAGUUAGACUCAUCAGCCCUUAUUAUGUGAGGUAGUUAGACUCAUUAGCCUGUAUUAUGUGAGAUUUUUUUAUAAGACUUUAUUUCUAAAAUAUAUUUGCAUUGGAGCAAAGUUGUUUUAUUUAUGAACUAAAGAAAACACAAACCACCUAAUUUUGUUAAUGUUAUCACUUUUUUAAACUAGACGGAAAGUUUAAUCAAAUUCAUUAAUUACUAGAAUCUCUAAUAUAUACUUUACUCUGUUUCUGCUAUGUUUAGCGUCUACUUCCCUUUGUUGAGGUCUUAGAUUUAAGCCAUAACUCACUAGAGACAUGUGCAACACACUUAGAGGUAAGUGCAUUUUAAAAAAACAAUAAUUCAUCUACGUGUUAGACUAAGAUAAAUAAUUUUUUACAGAGUGAAAAUUUUAUACAUUUCUUUAGGACUAAAAAUGGGUAACAGAUUUUUAAAAAUUGAAAAUGUUUCUGAUUAUCAUUGAACCAGGGUUGUCAUGAUUAUCAUUCAACCAAGUUUGUCAUGAUUAUCAUUCAACCUGGGUUGUCAUUAUCAAAAUAUGCAUAAAAACUCAUUUAUCUAUGUAACUGUCAUUAAGGAGGCUUUUCAGGGUUUAACUUCCUACAGCAAACAAUGUGCCAGGUAAACUAACUCAAACUUCCUAUAGCAAACAAUGUCCCAGGUAAACUAACUUAAACUUCCUAUAGCAAACAAUGUGCCAGGUAAACUAACUCAAACUUCCUAUAGCAAACAAUGUGCCAGGUAAACUAACUCAAACUUCCUAUAGCAAACAAUGUGCCAGGUAAACUAACUCAAACUUCCUAUAGCAAACAAUGUCCCAGGUAAACUAACUCAAACUUCCUAUAGCAAACAAUGUCCCCGGUAAACUAACUCAAACUUCCUAUAGCAAACAAUGUCCCAGGUAAACUAACUCAAACUUACUAUAGCAAACAAUGUGCCAGGUAAACUAACUCAAACUUCCUAUAGCAAACAAUGUCCCAGGUAAACUAACUCAAACUUACUAUAGCAAACAAUGUGCCAGGUAAACUAACUCACUAGUUGUCUUCAGAAAUAGCCUUAGCAUUUUUAAUCCUAACUUACUUUGAAGGAUGGGGCCUGCAGACCUGUUUACUCUUACAAUUUCGGCGUACAAUGUACGAUUUUAAGAUGUAUAUGUUACCGGCAAUGUGUGAAAUCCUGCAUUAUAUAGAAUGCCUAGGUAUUAUAUAGAAUGCCUGAAAAUUGUAGGCAAUGGUAUGAAAUGGUUUAUAUUUCACACAUUUCCUAGGCAUUCUAUACAAUGCCUAAGAGCGACCCGACAAUGUAUAGAAUACCCCGCCAUUAAUGUUUGAUUCUUUGCUUGGUGGUGGCGUGGUGAUCGCAACACACGUGUUUAGUACUCCCGCCAAAGACGCUACCCCUUUUGUUUCAAGACGGCUGCUGAGUUGUUGGAAAAUCAGAUUGUAGCUUCAGAACAGGAAUCACGGUAUGUUUACAUGCAACGACGGUGCUACGAUGAACUUUCUCAAUUGCGAGCCAAUACUGCUAAAAACUGUGUUUCUCUAACGGAAACUCAUUACCAAAAAUUGGUGGAUGAUGUGAAAAUGGCUCGGAUGACAACCACGAAGAAUCCACGAGACUAUUGGUUGCUGAAAUGCUAUGAUGUAAUGGUGGUAGAGAAAAAUGUAAGUUUAUCUAUCAUGUUAAAGAAGGCGACAGUGCUAUUCAGCUCUAUGUCACGGAUUCUGAAUUAUUUGAUGUACUUCACGAGGCUCAUUUGGCCGUGGGACAUGAAGGAAGGGACAGAAUGUUGAAAGAACUUUCACACAAGUAUAAGAACAUUACAUGUGAUGAUAUUGAACUUUACCUCCACCUUUGUGAGCCGUGCCAGAAGAAACAAAAAGGGUGUUACAAAGGGUGUUGUGGUGAAGCCUAUGCUUUUUUGCUGAAUUCAACUCUGAUAAUGGCCGGGAAAUUACCAACAAUGUGGUGAACAGCCUAAAGGAUUACUGGCCCAAGUUGAAGAUCGUCCAUGGUAAACCGCGCCACUAACAAAGCCAGGGCAGUGUCGAAAGAGCUAAUCAAGACAUCGAAAACAUGCUAUGUGCUUGGAUUCAAGAUGAAAAAACAGACCAGUGGGCUGAGGGAUUACGAUUCAUCCAACUUAUGAAGAACAGGGCCUUUCGUUCUGGGAUCAAGAGAACGCCUUAUGGAGAACAUGGCCUUUCAGUCUGGGAUUAAGAGAACGCUUUAUGAAGCUCUGAUUGGCUGCAAAGCUAAAGUGGGCCUUGCAACAUCUUCCAUACCCCCUGACGAUUUGCAAGACAUACAGACUGAGGAAGAACUUGAAAAAAUAAUAGAAAGCGUACAAACAACACAGCAAGAAGAAGCAAAUGAACAGAUGCAAGAUACAGAGCCUACUAUACAGAAUACUAAAGAGAAUUUCAACCAGUAAUGGAAGAAACCAAACUGAUUGUGAUGUCAUGGUUACCGAAGAGCCUUCCACUUCUGGUGUUUGUUGUGUCUGCUUAAAAGAAAGCAGUGGUGCCCAUACAUGCCGAAACUGUCACCGUAAUGUUCAUGUUAUCUGUGGGCAUGCAGCUAAAGACGAUGGAGACGAAAAAAUAGAAGGUUAUGGUGUUGGUAUCUUGUGCAGCUUGUGUUUCAAGAUAAAGAGAGCUAUAGAGGCUAGAAAAGAUUCUAAAUUGAACCUUGAAAUCUAGGCCAAAAAAAUGAAAAUAAACUCUGACCAAAAAUUCCCUCCUGCACCUCUAGGAGCCACUGUGCAAGUUCCUAUUCCUGACCUUGACAAGGGACGGGGUGACUCGCGCAAUCUGUUGGAAGUUGUUAUGACAGAGACAGAAGACGGCUUUUACCGACUUGGAACUGCACAAGGAAUCUUGAAACAAUUGUAUUCAAGAUCACAGUUCGCUGUAUGUCCAAAAGAUUUACUGAGAGUUGAAGACAUCCCUGCCCGUGAAAUACCUCUCCGAUCUGCUGCUUUCUGUCAGUCAACAGGAAGCGGUCAAGGCUACGUGAGGUGUAUGUGCAAGACCAAGUGCAAAAACAGGAAGUGUCUUUGUUUGAAAAAGAAAAUUAAGUGCAAUUCAAAAUGCCACUCCAGCCUUACUUGCUGCAACGAGUAGCUCGAUGUCACCUUUGAUUACCUUACUUGCUGCAAAGAGUAGCUUGAUGUCACCUUUGAUUACCUUACUUGCUGCAACGAGUAGCUCGAUGUCACCUUUGAUUACCUUACUUGCUGCAACGAGUAGCUCGAUGUCACCUUUGAUUACCUUACUUGCUGCAACGAGUAGCUCGAUGUCACCUUUGAUUACCUUACUUGCUGCAACGAGUAGCUCGAUGUCACCUUUGAUUACCUUACUUGCUGCAACGAGUAGCUCGAUGUUACCUUUGAUUUCUGGUUUCAUUGUUAUCUUUUGUUUUCAAAUAAGUUUUUCCAAUAAAAACAUUUUCUUUACGCUCUUUUGAAACUUUGCCUGAAUUAUAUUUGACAUUAUAUAUAAUACCUAGGCAAUGUAUAAAAUUCCUAGGCAAAGUAUGUAACUUAAUCACAAAAAUAAAAUAUUUCAUACUCUGCCUAAAACCGCCAGGCAUUCUAUAUAUUGCUUAGGCAUUCUAUACAAUGCCUGCAUUUCACACAUUACCGGUAACAUAUACAUCAUAUAUACUGUAUGUUUCUUUUUUACUUUUAAGACAAUGUAUUGAAUGAUUUUGUGAUGAUAUUGUACGAUUUUAAGAGUAUGAGGGUAAACAGGUCUGGACCUGGUUGGUGUUGGUUAGGAAAUGAGAUGGUUAUCUGAAGUGGAUUAAAAUUACUGGUGUUUUUAACACAAACUCACACCUUUUAAAAAACACCACAUCUUUUACAACCACCACACAUCCUUUACAACCACCAAACAUUCUUCACAACUACAAACCCAUUACAACCCAUCCCUUAGAGCCCCACUCUUUAAGACAGCACAACCUUUUACAACCACACUCUUUACAACAAUACACUCUUUAUGACCAUACCCUUUACAAGCACCAACACCGUUUACAACCACUCUUUACAGUCCCACCCUUUACAACUACUCUUUACAGUCCCACCCUUUAGAACAACACCCUUUACAACUACUCUUUACAGUCCCACUCUUUACAGUCCCACCCUUUAGAACCACACCCUUUACAAACCACUCUUUAUGCUCUCUUUGCAAUCCCACCCUUUAGAACCACACCCUUUUUGCAAGAAAACACUCUGUACAACUCCUCCCUUUACAACCACACUCUUUAAAAAAACACUCUUCUCAAGACACCCUCUUUACUUCUACUCCCUUUAUAAUAAGACCCUUUACCGCUACACUCUUUAUAACCACACCUUUACUCCACUCUUUACAACACUCUUUACAACCAUAUCAACCUUUUAACCACACAAUUUACAGCCAUACUUUUUGCAAUCCCACCUUUUACAUUCACACUCUUAACCCUACCCUUUACAGUUAUGAUCUUUACAACCACAUUAUUUACAACCACACCUUUUAAAAACCCACACUCUUUACCACCACCUUCUUUACAACAAUACACUUUACAAAAUAUCCUACACAUCUACCUAAUAUUCCACACUGCUACCUUGUUUGUGCACUCCUUUUCAUGACAGUUAUGGACACUUUUUCUUGUACUAAGACAUUCCAUAUAAGGGGAUGGAUACUUUUUCUUAUCACAAAAAGACAUUCCAUAUUUGGGGAUGGACACUUUUUCUUAUCACAAAAAGACAUUCCAUAUUUGGGGAUGGACACUUUUUCUUAUCACAAAAAGACAUUCCAUAUUUGGGGAUGGACACUUUUUCUUAUCACAAAAAGACAUUCCAUAUUUGGGGAUGGACACUUUUUCUUACCAGGCAAAGACUUUCCACAUAUUCUUUAUCCAUUUUGCUGUCAUAAACAGUACUUGUGUAAGUGGACCAGACUAGGCUACAGUGGCCUUAAAUUGUUCAACUGGACAAACCUCCAUUACAGCUACUUACCUGGCUUGGGCCAAAUUGACUGCCCACACCACUAUUUAUUAUAGUCAUCUGUUACGUUCUUUAAUUACCAUAUACCAUCUUGGGGUUUUAUGUAAUCUUUUCAUUGUAAACAUGUGCAGACCUGUUUAUUCUUAUGAUUUUGGCAUACAAUGUACAAUUUUGAGGUGUACACAUUAUAUAUUAUAAAUACUGUAUGUUUAUUUUUUUUACUAUAAAGAUAAUGUAUUGAAUGAUUUUGUGUUGUUUAUUGUAAGAUUUUAAAAGUUUGAGGGUAAACAGGUUUGCAUGUGUCAAUUCAAUUCUCCUUUAGUUUCCCCACGUGCUAUUUUUUCUGCACAGCAAAGUUUAGAUAGGAUUGCAAUUUUUGAAGAAUAUUUCUGUAAGUUACAUGUGGAACCAAACCCAAUAUAUUGGACCCAUCCAGAUUAUUCUUGGCUUCAAAAAUGAUUGAAAUGACUACUAAUAGUUCAAUAAAAAGGUAUACAAUCAAUCAAUUUAGGUAAUAUGUGAAUCUUAAAAUGUAUCAGAAGUUGAUCACAUAACCUAAUUAAGCCAAAAUGUGAAUUUUUUUUGAGGUUACCGGAAAAUUGAUAGGAAGAAAUUUCGACAGUAAAUUGAUCGACGGAAAUUUGAUCGAACGGAAAUUUGGUCAAAUCUUUUUUUUCAGUUCAUACAUUAAAAUUUUGCGUCAAAUUUCUUUUUGAACGCAUUAUUUUGUUUUACUAUAUAGUAAAGUGCGUUCAAAAAGAAAUUUGACUAAAAUUUUAACGUGUGAACUGGAAAAAAAUUUGAUCAAAUUUCCGUUGAUUAAUUUACCGUCGAAGAAAUUUCUUUCAAUUAAAAUUCCGGAUACAGUUUUUUGAUUAUCAUGUAUUCAAUACAGAGAUAAAGUUAAUGCACAAAGUAAAUCAUAUCUAAAUUAAUAACAACGAUUACCAUGGAAGAUGAUUGUCAAGUAUGUGAAUUAUUAAUGUAAAUUGUGGGGUAGUCUGAUGGAUAGUACUUAACACAAGUGACACUGGCACAAUGUAAAUAGGGGGAAAGUCUGAUGGAUAAGACUUAACCCUUGUGACACCGGCACAAUGUAAAUAGGGGGAAAGUCUGAUGGAUGAGACUUAACACAAAUUACACUGCCAAACAUGCAUGCAAAUUAAAUAUUUAAUUUGUAAUUUACUUGCAAAGUGAACUCUGCAUAAAGUAACAAGCAUCGUCAUUGUGUAUGGAUUAUUAGUUGAAACUCUUUAUUCCUGUGACUUUUAUUUCAAUGGUUUAGUUCCUUGGGGAUGUCAUCUCUAUAACACUGGCCUACAACAGUCUUGUGACAAUACCAUCCUUUUCUGUCAGUACCAGAUCUUCACUUACAUUUCUCAUACUGAGGGGAAACAACCUAGACAGAAUUAAUGGUGAGUUCCCUUGAAAAAAAACUUUAUAGGUAUUUACACCUUACAAAUUUUAGAUUAAAGCUAUCAGCGGUUAAUUCAUUCUUACAUAAAAUUUAUGUAUGAAACUAUUUUUUGCAGGUGUUGAAGUUCUCAUUACUUUGCAAGAGUUAGAUCUAGGUGAAAAUUGUCUGAACGACCACAGUUUUCUGGAGCCAUUUAGUGCCUUAGUUAAACUGAAACAGGUAUUGCGAAAAUUACACUAGUUUAGACUUGACAUGGUAAUGAUGUAAGUACAGUUAUAAGGAGAACAUUUCAAAUAACUCCACCAGAAUACUGGUAUCUGAAAUAAAGAUAUGAAUCUAUGAAACUGCAUUUAUUCCAUAAGAGAGGCCUUUGGACUGUAGCUAGAACUAUUACUGCCUUUUAGAACCAAUGCCUAAGAUAACACUUUUCUUUUAUGUUUAGAUUUACUGUUACAUAAUAUAGAACUGAUAUAAUAUGUUGAUAUUCUAAUCUGUGAGCCUUAUCUAGCACUCACAAUGAAACAUGUCGAUGAGACAUUAAAAAAACCAACUUGGCUCAAUAUUUAAAACUUUUUCAGCUCCAGCUUGAUGGGAACCCAAUUUUUUAUCACAGAUUUCAUCGUCGUUUAACUUUGUCGUGUCUAGCCAAACAAGUUGUCAAUACACAGGUAUGUUCUUAUAAUUACAUGUCUAGCCAAACAGGCUGUUGAUACAGAGGUAUAAUAUUAUAAUUACAUUUGUAGCCAAACAGGCUGUCAGUACAGAGGUAUAGUGUUAUAAUUGUAUGUGACACAUUUAUUCUGACAAAUUCUAAUUGAUAAAUGUUAAGUUAAAUGUCGUUGAAAGUGCUUACGUCAAAUGCUAAAUUUCUAAUUCGUGUGUUAUUUCUUACGAUGUCUUAUUUGUUAAUUUUUUUAUUUUUGAUUUACGUCAGAUGUCUUAUUAUAAUAGUUAUCCAUAAUGCCAUUUGAAAAAAUGGAGAGAUAAAUUUAAAGUUUAAUGUUAAAAUUCAAUAGAUUUUUAAUUCUUUGUGUCUCAGUCUCUUUACUUUACCUUCUGAGAUUUCUUUUGGUUUUAAAUUCUGGAGCAUGAACAAAUGAUAGAUCCUGACAGAGAAGCUCUAAUAGCUUCAGUUGCAUGAUACCGAUCCCUAGAUUUUGGUAUAAAUAGAAAAAAUAAUCAAACAAAUAAUCUUAAUCUAAGUGAUAUAAUUUAUAAUUCCAUUGUUUUGAAAACAAGUUUGUUGACAAUCAUGUGAAUAAUUACAAACACUAACCUAAACAAUUUCCACUAAAAUACUUAUACAAAGAGUAACCCUAACUUUCCACUAAAAUACUUAUACAAAGAGUAACCCUAAAUUUCCACUAAAAUACUUAUAAAAAGAGUAACUCUUACUUUCCACUAAAAUAAUUAUACAAAAACUAACCCUAGCCCUAACUUUCUACUCAAAUAUUUUUUCAUCUCAUUUAAUUUCUAAUCCAUCAUAUAAAUGAUUUCAAUAAAAAAAACUUUUCCCCCGAUGGAAAUUAAAGUUUCAUCUGGACGUGCAAUAAAUAUUAUAAUGGUUUAUCACAUAUAAAUAAUAUAAUGGUUGAUCACAGAUAAAUAAUAUAAUGGUUGAUCACAGAUAAAACAAAAUAGAGAUUAAGCCGAUUUACCACCAAUUGGUCAGUGGAAGCCCACAGUAAGCAAACUCUUCAACUUUCUGAUACGUCAUCACUGAUCCCCACAGUAAGCAAACACUUCAACUUGCUGGUACGUCAUCACUGAGGCCCACAGUAAGCAAACACUUCAACUUGCUGAUAGGUCAUCACUGAGGCCCACAGUAAGCAAACACUUCAACUUGCUGAUAGGUCAUCACUGAUGCUCACAGUAAACAAACACUUCAACUUGCUGGUACGUCAUCACUGAGGCCCACAGUAAGCAAACACUUCAACUUGCUGAUAGGUCAUCACUGAGGCCCACAGUAAGCAAACACUUCAACUUGCUGAUAGGUCAUCACUGAUGCCCACAGUAAACAAACACUUCAACUUGCUGGUACGUCAUCACUGAGGCCCACAGUAAGCAAACACUUCAACUUGCUGGUACGUCAUCACUGAGGCCCACAGUAAGCAAACACUUCAACUUGCUGAUAGGUCAUCACUGAGGCCCACAGUAAGCAAACACUUCAACUUGCUGAUAGGUCAUCACUGAUGCCCACAGUAAACAAACACUUCAACUUGCUGGUACGUCAUCACUGAGGCCCACAGUAAGCAAACACUUCAACUUGCUGAUAGGUCAUCACUGAGGCCCACAGUAAGCAAACACUUCAACUUGCUGAUAGGUCAUCACUGAGGCCCACAGUAAACAAACACUUCAACUUGCUGAUAGGUCAUGAUUGAGGAUUUUAACAUAAUAGUCAGAAUUCUAACGAAAAGCCAUUUGAAUUUUACCAGACAAUAAUUUAAUUUUAAUAUCUUUUUUUUUUAAAUCUAAGCUUUUAAAAAUAACAUUUGUUUAAGUAAAUGACUUAGAAACUAAUAAACAUGCACUAUAAUGCAUGAGGCAAGUACUCAUUUUAAUGUAUAAAACAGGUACUCACUAUGAUGUAUAAGACAGGUACUCACUAUAAUGUAUAAGAUAGGUACUCACUAUAAUGUAUAAGACAAGUACUCCUUCCUCAUGUCUAAUAAAUAUGCACUAUAAUGUAUAAGAUAGCUACAUCCACUAUAAUGUAUAAGACAGGUACUGACUACUCAUGUCUAAACAUAACAAAUGUGAUACUAACAUCACUGAUUGGCAGGUAGUGACCAGAGAGUUAUCAUUGCAUCUGAAUGGUAAGUUCUUAAUGCGGUAUUUAAUGCAUCAAGCUUGUAAUGCUAAUAAAAGUCUCUUUAUGUCAAUGCCAUUGUGAUUUCUAUUUGACAGUUUGAGCUUGACAAGAAGAAACUGUCACAGUCAGAAAUUUCAGUAAGUUUGUUCUCUUUACAAUUUAACUAAUAACUGUCAACAAAUGUUAUCAAUUAAAUGAAACACACCUUGAUUUUCACAAGGACUUUGACAAAUGUACUAGAAAUAGUAUGAAAACAUUUUAACAUCAGGAUGAGAGCUGUCAUGUUAUUUGCACACAGCUUUUACCAUAUCAGGAUGACAACUGUCAUGUUAUUUGUACUCAUGCAUUUUGGAGGAUGAAAAUACUUUCCUUUACACAUAUUAGGGCUCUUAUUAAAAUGGGCGCAGCCAUUUGCCCUGCAUGGCAUUCUGUUGUGAAAAGGUGUAAAAGAUUAUUGCCCAAAUGGUUGUUCCCACCAAUAGAAACCUGAUCUAUAAAGAGUUGUUCAUUUUUAAAAUUCAAACUGUUGGUUUUAUCAUGUAAUCAACCUUUAGAAAACCUAAACUGAUUGUGAUAAUAUGGCGCGUUUGUUUUUGCACUGAUUAUGGUAUGACACACUUGUUUUUGUACUGAUUAUGGUAUGGCACAGUUGUUUUUGUACUGAUUAUGGUAUGACACACUUGUUUUUGUACUGAUUAUGGUAUGGCACAGUUGUUUUUGUACUGAUUAUGGUAUGGCACAGUUGUUUUUGUACUGAUUAUAAUAUGACACAGUUGUAUUUGGACUGAUUAUGACAUGACACAGUUGUUUUCGUACUGAUUAUGGUAUGACACACUUUUUUUUGUACUGAUUAUGGUAUGACACAGUUGUUUUUGUACUGAUUAUAUGACACAGUUGUUUUUGUACUGAUUAUGAUAUGACACAGUUGUUUUUGUACUGAUUAUGGUAUGACACACUUGUUUUUGUACUGAUUAUGGUAUGACACAGUUGGUUUUGUACUGAUUUGGUAUGACACAGUUGGUUUUGUACUGAUUUGGUAUGACACAGUUGGUUUUGUACUGAUUUGGUAUGGCACAGUUGUUUUUGUACUGAUUAUGGUAUGGCACAGUUGUUUUUGUACUGAUUUGGUAUGACACAGUUGUUUUUGUACUGAUUAUGAUAUGACACAGUUGUUUUGUACUGAUUUGGUAUGGCACAGUUGUUUUUGUACUGAUUAUGGUAUGGCACAGUUUUUUUUGUACUGAUUUGGUAUGAAUUAUGGUAUGGCACAGUUGUUUUUGUACUGAUUUGGUAUGACACAGUUGUUUUUGUACUGAUUAUGAUAUGACACAGUUGUUUUGUACUGAUUUGGUAUGGCACAGUUGUUUUUGUACUGAUUAUGGUAUGACACAGUUGUUUUUGUACUGAUUAUGAUAUGACACAGUUGUUUUUGUACUGAUUAUGAUAUGACACAGUUGUUUUGUACUGAUUUGGUAUGGCACAGUUGUUUUUGUACUGAUUAUGGUAUGGCACAGUUUUUUUUGUACUGAUUAUGAUAUGACACAGUUGUUUUUGUACUGAUUAUGAUAUGACACAGUUGUUUUUGUACUGAUUUGGUAUGACACAGUUGUUUUUGUACUGAUUAUGGUAUGGCACAGUUGUUUUUGUACUGAUUUGGUAUGGCACAGUUGUUUUUGUACUGAUUAUGGUAUGGCACAGUUGUUUUUGUACUGAUUUGGUAUGACACAGUUGUUUUUGUACUGAUUAUGGUAUGGCACAGUUGUUUUUGUACUGAUUAUGAUAUGACACAGUUGUUUUUGUACUGAUUAUGAUAUGACACAGUUGUUUUUGUACUGAUUAUCAUAUGACACAGUUGUUUUUGUACUGAUUUGGUAUGACACAGUUGUUUUUGUACUGAUUAUGAUAUGACACAGUUGUUUUUGUACUGAUUAUAUGACACAGUUGUUUUUGUACUGAUUUGGUAUGACACAGUUGUUUUUGUACUGAUUAUGGUAUGGCACAGUUGUUUUUGUACUGAUUUGGUAUGGCACAGUUGUUUUUGUACUGAUUAUGGUAUGGCACAGUUGUUUUUGUACUGAUUUGGUAUGACACAGUUGUUUUUGUACUGAUUAUGGUAUGGCACAGUUGUUUUUGUACUGAUUAUGAUAUGACACAGUUGUUUUUGUACUGAUUAUGAUAUGACACAGUUGUUUUUGUACUGAUUAUCAUAUGACACAGUUGUUUUUGUACUGAUUUGGUAUGACACAGUUGUUUUUGUACUGAUUAUAUGACACAGUUGUUUUUGUACUGAUUAUAUGACACAGUUGUUUUUGUACUUAUUAUGGUAUGACACAGUUGUUUUUGUACUGAUUGUGGUAUGGCACAGUUGUUUUUGUACUGAUUGGGGUAUGGCACAGUUGUUUUUGUACUGAUUGUUGUAAUAUGGUGCAGUUGUUAUUCUCCUGAUUGUGGUAUGGCACAUUUUUUUUGUACUGAUUGUGGUAUGGCACAGUUGUUUUUGUACUGAUUGUGGUAUGACACAGUUGUUAUUGUACUGAUUGUGGUGUGGCACAGUUUUUGUUCUGAUUAUGAUAUGGCACAUUUUUUUUUUUUACUGAUUAUGGUAUUGUGGAAAAGUAGUUUUAUUUAUUAUCAUAUGAUAAUUUACUUUUGGUUGUAUUUGCUUAAACUAGCAUUUUAUGCAGCGGAGAAGACCAGCAAAGAGUUUGAUGGAAAGACCAUCUUAUCCAACAAGAGCUAAGCCGCACAACAGGACCCCUGACAGAGACAGUGUGUAUGGGAUGUCACCUUCUUCUGGUAUUGGGACAGAAAAUGAAAGGCAUGUAUCUGCUCCAAUCAAUAUUUCCAUCACAGGACCAUUCAAAACAAAUAAUUUUCAUUGCUCAAUUGUUGCGCUUUAGUUUAGAUGAAUUCCCUGUGGAAUAUUUAUGGAGUUUAAAACUGGAUGCAGGAAUUGUUACAUGGAAUCAUACUAUGUUGGUAAUGACAAGCUUAAUCUAGAGAAAAUACACUCAGCUUUUAUUGCCUGCCAUAUAGGAGUAAGGAAUAUAUGUGAAUAUUGUUUGAUCCUGUCAUUGGGGAGUAAGGAAUAUAUGUGAAUAUUGUUUGAGUUUUUGUAUUACCUGUGAAUUCACCAAGUCUGAAAUCUAUUGCCUUGACCACAGAUUUAGUUAGCAUUACUGUUUUACAGUUUUUCUCCUUUUUUUUUCAACGUUUGAAAUCCAAAAUUUAGGAAGGAAUGGAAAUGAGUUAAUUUGUAAUAUUUUCCAUUUCACAGCCCAGAUAUUGUUGUUACACCUGGUGCCAUAAAAAAGGGAAAACGCAAAC